CUUCAGCAGAUAAGCCGCCUCCUCGCCUCUUCACAGACAUCUCCCACUUCACUUCGACAGUCAUGGCCUCUCCAAGGAUCUGGUUCAUCACGGGCGCCUCCUCUGGCUUUGGUAGAUGCAUGACUGAGCUUCUCUUACGCAACGGGGAGAUCGCGAUUGCGACCCUUCGAAAACCCUCUAUGCUGUCGGACCUCGUCGCACAGUAUCCGGCCUCGCAGCUCCUGGUUCUUGAGUUGGACGUCACAAAGAAGUCGGAUGUCGCCGCUGCCUUUACCAAAGCUAAGGAUACGUUCGGGAGGAUUGACGUGGUGUUCAAUAACGCGGGCAUAAUGGCGCUCGGCGAGGUUGAGGCGAUGGAUGACGAGAACGCAAGGCAGAUGUUCGAGGUGAACUUCUGGGGCGCGUCGCAUGUCACCAAGGAGGCAUUGAAGUUCUUCCGGGAGGUGAACAAGCCCAUUGGUGGGAGGCUACUCCAGGUGUCGUCGGGUGCGGGGGUAGGAGCAAGUCCCGGGAACGGGUACUAUUCUGCAACGAAGUUUGCACUCGAGGGUCUAACGGAAGCAGCAAUAAAAGAAGUUGACCCAUCAUGGAACAUCAAGAUCACGAUUGUCGAACCAGGCCCUUUCCGUACACGUAUCAUGAACGAGAACGUUAAGAUCGUCGACCCACACCCUGCCUACUCUGACCCAGAAAUGGCGGGCACCAAGUUCAAAAAGUACAUCACCGGCCCGGCGAGCGGUGACACCGAGAAGGCGGUCCGUGUGAUCGACCGCCUGUCGCGCCUCGAGGACCCUCCGGUCCGGCUACCGCUGCACAGCCUCGUGCUGCAGCGCACGCGGGAUAAGAUAAAGAGCUUCGCGGAGACCGUGGACGAGUAUGGCUCGUGGUGCGAUGACUUGUACUUUGAUUGAGGCUUGAGUUCGUGAUCAAUAAGAGACACAGUUGUGCAUAC